AUGGCUGCUCCAUCCAAAAAUUCGGACACACUGUCCACGCUCAGCCGGCGACAUCCGCUGCAGCGGUUUGACUCACCAUCCAAGGGAUUAUCGGGGGCGUUGCAUAACUCCUCAUUCGGAUGGCACCUCCAAUUCCUCACCAUAAUCGGCCUCUCCAUCUCCACUUUGACAUUCAUCUUCGGCCUCUUUGCCGACCUAACCUCAACCGCCCUCUCCGCUUCUCCAGAUCACCCUUCCUCACCACCCGCCGCGGAGCUCUCGGAUCAACUAUUCCGCAUCAAGAACUACCUGGCAUUAGUCGCGGCACCUAUUGAAAUCACGAUCUCACUGCUGUACUGGACGCUCAAGGUGAUUGAUGGAAACCUGCUUGUUACGCCUGACCUCCCCCUCCCACCAGUCAUCUAUGACCUCGGCUUUCACCUUGUCCCCGCUGUGGUUCUGACUCUGGAUUACCUCCUCCUCUCCCCGCCGUGGCCCUCCACGCCUAUGAACGGGUCUGCGCCGCUGAUUACGCUCACUAUAUCUACUGUUAUCGCGUUUACGUAUUGGAUCUGGAUUGAGAUCUGCUUUUCUCAGAACGGCUUUUACCCUUACCCCAUCUUCGCGCUGCUUACCACCAACCAGCGCAUCGGAUUGUUCGUUGUGAGUGGCGUCAUUAUGUGGGUUGUGGGAGGCUUGUUGCGAGUGGUAUAUGCCAGGGUAAACGGGUACGAGAGUGUGGAGCAGUUGGAAAAGGUGAGGCGGAACAAGGUUAUGGGAGGGAGUGGGAAGUGGGAGUAA